UUCCGGCGCGAAUCGUCCUUUCCCGUCGUGGCGUCACGCCAAGUUCUAGAUGGAUGUCGCUGAUUCGCAUUAUUGUGUCAGCGAUUUACGUCGUCGCGCAGGUGCUCCUCGUCCGUCCAUCCCUCGUGGAAGGGCGAAUAGAGAGGAAUAUACUGGGAGCGUCGAACCACCAUCACGAGAUCGAAUUACCCCGAUUCGCCGAGGAAGUCCAAAAUGUGACAGUAAGCGUAGGACGUGAUGCUCUGCUUGCUUGCGUGGUGGAUAACCUAAAACAUUAUAAGGUGGCGUGGGUGCGCGUUGACACACAAACUAUAUUGUCGAUUCAUCAGAAUGUAAUUACUCAGAAUCCACGAAUAUCUCUAACAUACAAUGAUCAUCGCUCGUGGUAUCUUCAUAUAAAGGACGUACAAGAAGUCGAUCGUGGAUGGUAUAUGUGUCAGCUGAAUACGGAUCCUAUGAAAAGUCGUCAGGGUUACAUACAAGUUGUAGUACCACCAUCGAUUAUUACUAAAGACACCAGCACCGACAUGGUGGUCCGCGAAGCUUCCAACGUGACGUUGACGUGCAAAGCGACCGGAUAUCCGGAGCCUUACGUCAUGUGGCGGCGGGAGGAUGGCAAGAACAUAAAUUAUAAUGGCGAAAGUGUGAAUGUUGUGGAUGGUGAAGUGCUGCAUAUCGUGAAGAUAAGCCGCCUUCAUAUGGGCGCUUAUUUAUGCAUAGCUUCAAACGGGGUUCCACCAUCGGUGAGCAGGCGAGUCUCCCUGCGUGUACAAUUUCCACCUAUGCUUUCAAUACCAAAUCAGUUGGAAGGAGCCUAUAUUGGACAAGACGUAACUCUUGAAUGCCAUACUGAAGCUUAUCCACUUUCAAUAAAUUAUUGGACAACAGAACGUGGCGAUAUGAUAGUGUCUGGCAAUUCUGUUUCAGGCGACAAGUACGAGGCGAUAGCCACCGACAGCGGCUACAACAAGUACAUGAUGUUAAAAAUAAGAAACGUUGGUCCGAAAGAUUUUGGUUCGUAUAAAUGUGUCGCACAAAAUUCCCUUGGCGGAACAGAUGGCAUCAUCAAACUAGAUGAAAUCCCAGCUCCAUCGACCACGUCUACGACGCAGUCUCCGUAUUACGCAACGUCGUCACACAAGAACGGUAGAGACAGUAACAAGAAUUCACGACGACCUAUCGACUAUGAGAUCGAGGAAUGGAAGCGAAAUCCAGAUUCCCCCGAGCGUUGGGCCAGUUCUCCCUUCCUGAAGUUUACUUUCAAUUAAUGAAAAACGAGCUGCGUUGACCCGCGGCCGUCUGCCUCCGGGAUCAGGAAGUGGAAAAGAGGAAAUGGAAAGAGGCAAACUCCUUCGAUACUUUUUUUUCUUGCCUUUUCCUUUCUUUCUCCAAAAAUCGAUUGACUUCGAGAAUCUUAUGCACACAAUUAUGUGUGAUUUAUGUACUGUUCGAUUUAUAUUACUUCCGAUUAAUCGUUACUCUUUUAUUUCUAUCGAGGAACAAUUGAUGAAUCUUACGAUUAAUAAAACUACAAAAAAAAUGCAUAAAAUAAUUCGAAGUAACAGUUCAUUUUUUUCUGAAUGUAUACGCGUGAAUAAAUCUGAAGGAAAAUUAUGGACAAAAGAGGAUUAAUUCUUUUACAAAAGUUAAUUUAUUUAAAUUAACAGAAUUUGUAACAAUUAUCAUAUCAAUGUAGAAUUAUCUUAAGGAGAAAUGUAAUAAUAAUAAUAAUGUUUAAAUAUAAGGAUAAUAAGAUUUAAAUGUACGCAUUAUUUGCUUUAAAUUGAGUUUACGUAACGUUCUAGCACAGACGUUCGUCUAGUCUUCGAGUAAUUGCAAAACCCGAAAUAUAAUCAAUAAUAAGACCGAAUGUACAGGCCAAAGUUGUUAAAGAAGUUGUUAAAGUGUUGGAAAAUGGCUCGUCUGUCGCAGACUAUGCGGAAAGUCACGUACAGUGGAUUUUACUGGUAGGUGGGAAUAACUUUUUCCGAACGAACGUGCGGUUUCGACGUCCGUUUCUGGCGGGCAAGCCAAGGGGCGCGCACGAUGAACUACUCUCGAGAAACGCCCUGCAUUUGGGACGACUAUCCGCCGCGCCGGUGCUAGGAAAAAGGCAAAAACAGACAUUUUCUCGAGUCGUUACAUUCCGGCUUUUUGGAGAGAACAAAUUUUGUUAAUAUCGUUCUAAACGUUCUAUCGCGGGACUUUUGCGAAAGAUUGGAAAAAACCGGUGCAAAAAAUAUUCGAUUUAUAUACCAUGUGAAAUCGAACUCUUAAAUAUUUGGGGUAACUUAACACGGACACUGGGUAAUAAUGAUUUUAGACUACGCGUCGCUAGUUAAUUAUUAUAUCACAUUUAAAAUCAAAUUUCUCUAAUUAUUGAUACAUAUAUAUUUUAUUAAAAUGUUAUUCUAAUGAUUAUAUCAACUAUUAACGUAAUGCGUGUAGUUUUUGAAAUUUUAUUGACACAAUUUAAAAGUGGAACGAAUAAAAGUUUUGUUUUAUCCAGAGAGUUAUCACUAUUAAUAAAUGCAACUCAUUACAAGGGAACAGAUCCUAAAUUAUUUGAUAAUGCCGUGGAUGGAAGUCAUUAAGGCAAAUCGGGGUGAAGUUUUAUCGCGGUAAUAAUCGUACAUUCUGAUGUAUGGUCUACCGUCAUUGAUAUAUUCGUUUCUAUACCAUUACUAACUAUACAUUAGUGCCACAGGUGGCGAUAUUGAUUCGACUUCAAUUCAUUUAUCAAAGUUCAGACAAUCAAUAAAAGUUACUGUCAGAAGAUGUGAAUUUAAUCGGAUAGAAUGGAGCUUUUUCUGGAAUUUCUGAAGCGUUUGCAUAUUAUUUGAUCUACUUUAUGUGUCAAAUGUACGUACUAUAUCUUAUAAGAAAUUUAUUGAUAAUUUC